AUGUUAUGCAGAAAGAAUAACCAGACAGACGAGUGUACGAAAAACACUUUAAAACAAAAUGCACACAACAUACACGGCCACGUGUAUGUUGUGCAUUUGUAUGUUGUGCAUUUGUAUGUUGUACACGUGUAUGUUGUACAUACAUGCGUGUGUGUGCAUGCAUGCACAAGUGUGCGCGACAGAAACAAACAAAAGCGCCACUUAAUAUAUGCUGGACGCACUUGCAAGUUGUUUAUAAUUAAGUUGAGAUCCAGGUGA